UCGCAAAUUUAUAUACUAAUUCUUAUAUAUGUCAAUUAUAUUUAUUAUUUUCUAUGCAUUUAUUGUAUAACAAAUGCAUACAGAUGUUGUAUCUAGCAUGUAUCAUUGCGAGAUGCACGCUACUAUCAAAGAAAGACAUACAUAUGAGAGAUUAGUAAGUGUGCGUUCACAGUCAUUAAUACUACUUACUCUACUUAACGAAACCAAUUGUUAUGUAUUACGCUUAGAGGGGAAUAACCAACAAGCUUGUACGCCGAUAUGAUAGAGGUCUGAUGAGGACAACGGUACCCUCUUGUAUUCGUAGUUCAUAUUUUGUCCAUAUCUGUUGCUGAAAUCAUACACACUUUGAACAAAAGGUGGUGAACAGCUUUAAUUUUUUGCAGACAGGAAAGUUAUAUAAAUCUUCAAAUAGAAAAGUAUAAAGUACAAAUGCUGAAUUGUCUUGAUUUUAUAGAAAACAUCUGGUUAAAAAGAAAUUACUUCUUAUAAGCAAUAAAACUAGUAUAAGUCUUAUUUGGAGCUUAUCGACUGAAGCAAUUAUGUAACACCAUGUAUUUAUAUGUAGCUAUCGAACAAACGAACGUGACAUUCUAUGAUGUAACUAUUUUUCAAUAGUAUUUCAUUUUGGAUAACAGCAGCAAUUCGUGCCAGAUGCACAUAUGAAUUUGGAAUUAUUUGUAACAUUAUAUGAAUUAAAAAUUGAUGAAUCUCAUUGACAUUAAAAAAAUUGAAUGAAAAUGCAUGUUUAAUGCGGGAGUGAAUUGAUUAAUGCAUAGCGCGGUAAUUCAGAAGCAUCUUAAAUCAUGUCAAAAACUUUGAACAUCUUAAAUGCUACAGAUAUUCCUUUACAAAAACAAACGUCCUCCUGCGGCAAAUUAAAAUAUCGUGACAAUGAAAAAUGUACAUCAGGUGUAAUUUCAGCAAAUUUAAAAUCUAAUAUAUUAGGAGAAUGGGGGACAGAGAAAACUCGAAUUGAAAAUGGAAAGCAAAAACAUCUUACUGUUUCUAUUGGAUCAAAAAAACCAAUUAUUAUUACAAAAAAAGAGUAUGAGGAGUUUAAAAAGCGUGGUCACUAUGUCACUAAAGAAGAGAAACAAGCAACUAUUGCAACAACAGAAGAGGAAAGAUAUAGACUUACCAAGGACAGUAUGAUACGCAAAGAAGCUAUUCGUAGGAUGGACUUAACAAAGAUACGCGAAAAAGACAAAAUGUUAAAUGAAGUCGAAGAAGAAGCCAAGAAAAGGACAAUGCAUUUACUCGAAAGAGCUUACAAUUUAAAGCUCGAACAAGAAGAGGAAAUUCAAAAAUUUAAUCGGUUUAUGUUAGAAACUAAAUGUAGAGCUAUAAGAGAUAUGCAGAUAGCUGAAAAGAAAUUAAUCAAACAAGAAUUGGCAGAAGAAGAAAAACGUUUAAAUGACAUGAUGGAAAAUGAAAGAAGAUGGGCAAUUGAGGAAGAUUUAAAGAAAGAAGAAGAGGAAAUUUCUAGAAAACAAAUAUUCUCAAAAAUUUUAAAGGACCAAAUUACAGAGAAUGAAGAGCAACGAAUACUUGAAUUUGAAAGAAAGCAAGAGGAGAGCCAGCUAAUUAAUAUGAAUAAUAUAACUUGGCAGUUAGCAGAAAUAGAAAAGUUACGCCACAAGGAAGCUGAAAGUGCUAAAAUCCGUCGAGAUCUAGCAGAAGUAAAUGAACAAUUGAAGCAUUUUAAAGUUAUGGAACAAGAGGAGAAUAGAAUAAUAGAUUUAAGGAUAAAACAAUAUAAAAAAUAUAAAGAAGAAAGAGAAACUCAAUUAGAUGAAAAGCAAAGAUUGGAGAAUUUAUAUAAAGAACAGGAAAAAGAAAGAUUGGCUGUACAGGCAAAGCAUACACAAGAUCUUCAAGCACAAAUUGAUGCAAUAAAUGCAGACCGUAUACAAGAAGAAGUAGAGAGAGAAUGGAGACGGAAAGAAAAAGAAGAAGCAAUGAAAAAAAUUGGAACUAUACAGGAUCUUCGGAAAGGAAGAGAAGAACAAAUAAAAAAUAAAAGAUUAAUACAAGCAAUUGAAAUUAAUAGAGAAAAACGUGAAUUUGAAAGAAUUCUACGUGUACAGAAAGAAGCAUUUUGCUGCGAUAAGAAGAAUCGUGAAAAGAAACAACAAGAAGCUCUUGUUCAUCGUAGUGAGAUAUUAAGACAGGUAAAUGAAAAGGAAAGAGAACGUAUUCAAGCAAGACAAAAGAUGUUUGAGGAAGGAUUGGCAAUUCGUACACAAGUUGCUAUGCGCAAGAAGAAGUUACAGGAGGCUAUGAACCAAAAAUGUAAAGAAAUGAGAGAGAGCAAGGUACCCGAAAUAUAUAUUAAUGAAGUUAAACGCCUAAUCGAAAAUAUUGAAUAAUACAUAUAUACAUCUUGUAAAAAUUCUUAUUUGAUAAUAAAUACUAUGUUUAUGUAUAUUUAACCCUUUGCACUCGGUGCCUUUUCAAACGUUAUUUAUCAGCAACUCGACGCCACCUCCUCGCGAAAAAGUGCAUCCAGGAAUCGUCAUAUUAUACAGUAUAGUUUCGGAACCAAAUAAGAUAUUGUAAUGAUAUUUGGUUUAUAUGAAUUUGUAGACGCUAAAGAACAUAUAUUUACAAAAAAAUCAAAAUUUAUUUUUUAUAAUUUUCUACAGUGUGACUACAUCAUUGAGCCAUAAUCGCGUACUUUUGUUCCACAAAUCCUUUUUAUCGCUCUUUUUAACAUGUUGACUGACACGCGAGCUGCUAUACCAUGCGCACUUUUAAGAUUGAAUACUCGAUGCAGGUGUGUAAACAUAAUGAGCCCAUUGUUUCUUAUCGUAGUAGAAGAUAAUGUUUAGAAUGAAAUGCUUAAGAAUUUCCAUAGAGUUGAAAAUCUAUAUUGGAAAUCGUACUGGGCCCAUUGUUUCUUAUCGCAGUAGAAGAUUAUCACACUUAGAGCGAAAUGUGUAUAUACGAAUAAACGUCGUGAACGCACUUCACAUGUUCUCUUCAAAAUAAAACCGGCUGAUAUAUUUUUCAUAUAUUUUGGUAAUUGUAUGAAAUUCUGAUUUGCUAUCUUGUGCCAUUUCAAUAAAAAACUACAGGGAAACAUGCGUUUCUC